AUGUACUUUAAUCGCGAGGCUCAACGGCCAGGUCGGAAUCCGGAAGGUGACGGACCAUUUUCGUUGGCAACACUCCGUCAUAUCGGGAAACCCUCGGCCGCUGUCAACCGUACGGCGACUGAAGAGUUGAGCAAACAUUUUGAACGCGAAUUGGGUAUAAAAGCCGUCGACUCUAAGUUCGUGUUCGUAGAGAUCACUGCCGACGAGUUGGGAACCAGGGGUCAGUUGAGAUCAGAUUUUGACUGAUACUAUAUCCACACCACUCAACGCUUCUACUCCUAACAC